AUGUUAGAAAAAAUAUACUCCACAUUUCAUGCCUCAAAUGUGCUCUUGCAGCAGCAAUAUAGAGAGCACAAAUUUACUAAAUAUUCUGAGCUGAUUUCUUGUUUGUUAGUGGUUGAACAGAAUAAUGAGCUUUUGAUGAAAAACCAUCAGUCCCAUCCAACUGGAUUUGUACCAUUCCCAGAAACGAAUGUGUUCUUAUUUCACGGCCAUGGGCGUGGACAUGGACAUGGACAUGGACGUAGUGUUGGUCGUGGAUAUAGUCGCAAUAGAAAUAAUUAUAAUAAUCGUAGUGGUCAUAAUUCCUCAUUGACUCUACGAAGGAACUCUACACCGUCCCACCAAAAGUGGAAUUCAAAUGCGACCAAGCAGGCAAAGGGAAAAGCUUUGCAAAACAAAGCUCCUGAGAUAUAUGAUGACAAGCCUUGCUAUAGAUGUGGAAUGAAAGGUCAUUGUUCGUGUACCUGUCAUACGCCCAAACAUCUAGUUGAUCUUUAUCAUGCCUCAAUGAAUGAUAAGGGAAAAGGAAAGAAAAUUGAAAUGAAUUUUGUGGAUGAUGACUUACCAGUUGAUACUACUCACCUUGAUAUUUCUGACUUCUUUGCUGAUACUAGUGGUAGUAUUGAUCAUUUGAUUGGUGAUGGAAAUGUCGAUACCAAUUAA